AUGGCACAGGAGAGUUGCACAGGACCCACUUCAGAUAGUGGUAGUUUUCACACCAAAGGAGCAAGCGACCCAGCCAGCUAUUCGGAAGAAACCGCAACUCCAGGCAUAUCAUUGGGAGCUGAAUGCUUCCAACAGUUCGUGCAAGAACAUGAACCUGGACUCUUGGAUUCUUCAGCAAAAUUUUUACAAGACAGUGGCUUCGUAGAAUGUGCAAAAGCACAAAGAGGAAGUGGUGUGCGGAUGCUUCCUGAUUCAUCCGAGCCCUGUACACCAGCUGCAGAAGAGCUGCGAGAAUGGGAGGAACAAUCAGUUAUGCUGUUUGAUAAGCGACCAUCAUAUCUUCGAAUCGUUCGCCGUCUUCGGAGCAUUCGUGUCUUUCCCGCUCUCACUGCUUGCACUUCUGCAUUGCUGGUCACUGCUGCGGUUUGCGGAGCCGAGAUCGCUUUCCGAGCAGCGGACAUCUCGUCAGCGUUUUCUCUGUUGGGGUGCUCAAUACUGGCCUUUUUACUGGCUGUCAUUGCAGCCCACACUAGGAGCCACUUCCAACUUGUUGGGCUACUCCUGCUCGAAGUUAUAUUUACUUUAUACGCAACAGCUUUUGGCUCGAUUGGAAUUGUGAAUGUAAAGCAACUGCUCAAGCGCCAGAUGGAUACACAGCAGGAUCUUACAAUGCAAGAAGAACAACGCGACAACGCUAUGAAAGUCAUGCGGCGCAUGUUGAUCGAGCAUGCUAUCUUUUCUGGACUGUAUUUCUUCGUUGCAGCAUCUCACUGCUGUGCCGCAGCAUCAGUAAAUCAUUUACGUGGUGCAGUUCAGCCCUUUGACAGCCGUUUACGGAGGAAACGUCAAAGGGCUCGCGCUAUUAGACUGCUAGGUGUUAUUCCAGUUUCCGACCCGGAAGGCAGCGAAGCAACAAGGACCAUGGUGUUAAAAGAAGGGAGUACUUUGGAAAACCAUCAGAGCGACUUUGUAGGCUCAGGAUCACAAAUGAAAAAACCUGAGGCCUACGGAUCGUGUUCUGGGCAGAUUGAAGAAGCAGUAGAGCUGCAGCACUGCACCACGGGGUGCUUUCCUGGUCCUGAAGACGACAAAAUAACACAUGCAGGACUGCCGCUAGGCGAAGAUUGCUCGCAGGACCAGCACGACCUACUCGAAGCACGACCCCACAGCGGGGCUGCUAAUUACGUGGUUGAUAUAAAACUCGGACUUCAGCACACUCAAGGCAUUCCAAGAAAAAUCGCUCUGACGGGCCAGCCCCAUGGUAAUAUAGUACCUGAUUAA